AUGAAUACGCAACCAAAUGUUACUUGCUUGCCGAAUGAGGAUGCAAAUGUUAAUCUCUUUCAAAGGAGAAAGAGAACCAAGACAUCUUCAGUAUGGGCUAAAUACAAAGAAGUGGUCCUUCCUAACGAAUGGGAGAUUGAAGACAAGGUCCAAAUGAUAUCAGUGGACAAUGCUACUAGUAAUGAUGUGGUUGAAGGUUUUUGCAGAGAUUGUGCAACAAUUGCGUUUGCCGUGUCAAAACUUAUCAUUGAUUGUAAAACAAGGUGGAAUUUAACCUAUGACAUGUUGGAAAUUGCAAUUAAGUUUAAAGAAGUGUUUCCAAGAUACAAAGAAAGGGAUGAGGGUUACGAACAUUUUCCAAAUAAAGAAGAUUGGGUGAAAGUAGAGAAAGUCUGUGAGAUUCUAAGGGUUUUUAGUACAAUGACCAAUAUCAUCUCAGGGAGUAAUUAUCCAACAUCAAAUGUAUUUCUAAGGCAAGUAUGUAGGAUCAAAAUCUUGUCGGAUAAAAAAAGUGAAAGUGAAGAUGUAUUUAUUAGACAGAUGGUAAGAAAAAUGAAAGAGAAGUGUGAUAAGUACUGGGGGCAAUGUAAUUUGUUGAUGUAUGUGGUAGCUAUAAUCAACCCUAGGUACAAAAUGAGGGUGACUGAGUUUUCUUUCCCUAAGAUGUAUUUUGACGUUGAGGCACGGACAAAUGCUACAACUAUUCAGGAUGCUUUGUAUGAGGUAUAUGGGGAAUAUGCUAAUGAUUGUCAGUCAUCUAGUGCAGUCUGCAGAGGUACAAGUGAAAGGGUUGGACUUGGAGUAAUUCCCGAGGGGUCUACGGGAGGAGGAGUUGAUGAUUGGGAAUUUGAUGAUUUUCUGAAUGAGGUUGAAACUAUUGAGCCAAAUAAAUCUCAGUUGGAUAUUUAUCUAAGCGAGGCAUGUUAUAAGUGUCAGGGUGAUUCGGAAAAUUUCGAUGCUUUGGAUUGGUGGAAAGCGAAUGCUUUGAAGUACCUUAUCUUAUCUAGGAUGGCUCGUGAUAUACUAGCUAUUCCCAUCACUACAGUGGCUUCAGAGGCUACUUUCAGCGUGGGUAAUAGAGUUAUUGACACGUAUCAGUCUUCGUUGUCUCCUGAAACAGUGGAAAUGUUGUUAUGUGGAGCCGAUUGGUGUCGCAUUUUAAAUGGAGUGAAAAAAGGAAUCACGAUACAGAAGGAACCAUUGGAGAUUCAAUUUCCGGAAGUUUGA